AUGACAGAUUUUAGUAAUCAAGAUUUAGUUCCAUGUUUUGCAUUUGCAUGCUUAAAUUUAAGAUCUUCAAGUGAUUUUGAUGCAGACCAUGGUGUAAAACAAGGUAUUCUAAAUUUUAAAUAUGAUAGAAAAGGUAUGGGUAAAGGAGGUGAAGGAUGGAAACCAUCAAUUAGUGAUAGAAAUCAAUUUAUUAUUGCAUCAUCAAUGAUUCCAAUGAAAUUUGUUAAAUUGGAUUUACAAGGAUCAGGUAAUUCAGAAUCAUUUGUAACAAGUUAUAUAAUUAGAUAUAGUUUAAAUAAUAAGAAAUGGUAUGAAUAUAAGAAUGGUGAAAUUUUUAAAGGAAAUACUGAUAAUGAGUCUAUUGUAAGUCAGACGUUGGAUCCACCAAUUAUAGCAAGAUCAAUUUCAAUACAUCCAGUACAGUGGAAGAACGAUAUCGGAUUACGUUGGGAACUUUAUACAAAAGAGUUUGAAGAACUUUCACCACAGAUUCAAAUGGGUACUAUAUCAAUUGGCGAUAAAACUUUGGGAAAUGAGAAAUCACCUCUAGAGUAUACCCGUAAAGUUCAAUUUGAAAAAGAGUUUAUCGGAAUUCCAAAAAUAUCGUUAGGUAUAAAAUCAUUGGAUUACUCGAAUAUUAAUGGUCAACAUAGAUGUAGUGUCGAGGCAAAGAACGUAACUCCAAAAGGCUUUGAUUGCAUCUUCAAACGUUAUGAUAACCUAAUCAAUGAACUAUCCAUAGAUUUCACUGCUGCUUGGACUGAUGAUUUAAUUGAUGUAAAUUUAAUUCAUGAUAAAGAAUUUAAAAAUGCAAAUUCAUUAUUCUUUUAUAAAAAAUCUUCACAACCAUCACAAUAA